AACAACCGAGAAAAAUACUGAGACAGCAACAUCACAGAGAUCUAGUGCCAUGAAUAACAAAGGACAAUAUCCUUUUGCCCCAGCCUAUCCAAACCAGGCUCCCAAUCAACAAUCUGUGUACCCACCAGGCAUGCACCUUCAACAGGCUCCCCCCUACACAGAUGCUCCUCCUGCAUAUUCUGAGCUAUAUCGCCAAGGUUAUGUCCACCAAGCUGCUGCCAAAAUGGCUAAACUCUCUUCAGCUUAUCCUGGAACCUCUAUGUAUCUGCCAAUGACUCAGCCAAUGCAGUUUGCCCCAAUGACCUCUUCCAUGCCAAUGGCUUACUAUCCCGUUAGGCCAGUGUACCCUCCUGGUUCCACUGUUCCUGUUGAAGGAGGGUUUGAUGCUGGUGCUAGGUUUGGGGCUGGGAGUAAUCCAGCUGUGCCGCCACCUCCUCCUGACUGCCCUCCAAAUCCAGCACAGCUGGCUGCCAUGCAAGGUGCCAAUGUCAUAGUCUUGCAGAGAAAGGGCAAUUACUUCAUGGGCAGCUCAGACGGCGGCUACACCAUGUGGUGA